CGUUGCUAUGCUAUCUUGUGUAGACAUUCUCCAGGGUGAUGGAGAAGAUGUAGUUAUUCGGCCUCGAAAUACGUAACGUUGUUCGGUUUAAAACAUAAAUUGUGUGAACCGUGAGAGCACUUACAAUGGCCGGCAUAAGGAGAGUUAACGGGAAAUUGUCGGGAAUCAACCCAGCUGUCAGCUGCUGUCGCCUGCGUCAGGUCCAGUCUCUGCUAUGUGAGGGUGGCACUGCCACUCCUGAUGGCAUCCUGUGCUCUCUUGGAAUCGACAGCAGAUAUAAUGAGGGGUGCACUGAACUGGCGAAAUACCUGUUCUAUGGACUAUAUGGAAGGAACCAGCUGAAUCUGGAUAAUGUCCUUGAUGAAUUUCCUGAAGAAAUGCUAGAUGAUGUAAUCCUGCUGAUCAAGUCAGAGUGUGUUCAUCUGUACUGCAACCCCAUGAACUACAGUUACCUGUUGCCCUACGUGUCUCACUGGAGGAACCUGCAUCUCUACUGCAUGACGGAGGCAGAGUAUGAAGAUGAGGAAGCAGCAGAGGAGUUCAAAAUCUCCAGUUUUGUCACAAUGGUGCAGGACUGCUAUCGUAUCGGAGUACCUUACAGCUCCCAGGGUCACAUCCAGAGGUUUGAUAUGUUUAUGGUGGAAAAAUGGCCCCUAAUUCAAGCGUUUGCCCUGGAAGGCAUCGGUGGAGGAAGCUUUUUUACCAUGAAAUACAAGCUAAUGGACAUGAGUGAGAAGCUGUGGCAGGUUUACAACAGACUCGACCCAGUGUCCCUGGAUAAUGUCCUCACAGAGGACUUGGUUAACUUUGAGAAGCAGUGGAGUGGCUUUUUCUCCAGCAUGGACCUGGAGAGCCAUCUCUCCAUCUUGGAGCUAUCUGAAGCACAAGCAGGAGAGGCAUUCCGUUGUUACUACUGUCAUGGAUUGAUCUCAAGCAACAUCACAGAUAAAAGCAAAAGUCAGCAGCCCUUUGUGUUGUUUGGGAAGCAUUCCUCCUUAGAGGAUUUGGAGAGUUAUUCGUUCAACUUUCCCUCAGAGAGUCAUCAGGUCCGCAACACAGGGCCUCGAGGUUCUACAGCCAGACACAUGAUUCUGCAGUGUGUGGCUCCUAAAGGACCUCUUGCCUGCUCUCGAACCUAUUUCUUUGGGACCACCCACACUCCAUACCUUGGAAAUCAAAACACAGAGCAAGAGAAAACCGAAGUCUUAGUUCUGUCACAAAUGUACUCAGCUGCUGUUCAAGGAGUCCUUUCAGGAAUUAAAUGCUACUCCCAUACCACCAGCGCUACCAAGGCUAAGGAUGUAGCAGAGAACACCUUUCUAGUGGCUUUGGACUCCAUGAAUUUAAGUCAGUACCGCAGUUCUCUCAGGUCCAAAUGUGAGUUCACUAUUCAAGCAGUGAAUAAGCAAGGAAGGAUCAUUCCUCUGAGUGAUGAAGAAAGCCGUUAUGUUGUGAAAACAGCUUCCAUGACUGUCCAUGACAUCCCAGACCUGCAGUGUGAUGGUGGGGACCUGGGGUCUGUUGUCUUCUCUGAAUCCUUCUUGGAGUCCAGCAUCAACAUUCAACAGAAAGAUGGCACUGUGUCCUCAGACAGCUGCUACACCAUCCUGACAACAACUGUGCCUCGCUAUGCAUGCUGGCUGAUGGAAUCUGAUGUCAAGCAGUCUGAGCAAGCCCAACAUCUUGCUAAGAAAGAGGAAGGCACUUGUCUGGGAAGUGCUCUGACUGUAGCAGAUGCUGCAUAUGUGUUCUCCUCCAGCCAGCUCUCCACACCUGAAGAAGGGAAAAUCGUUUUCUUCUCCGAGGGACUUCUGUUUAUCCAUUCUCAAUAUGGAAGCAUUACCCUGUCCAAGGAUCACAUCAGCAACAUCAAGUUCUAUGAUCCGGACUCCAGUGCUGUGGCGUCUCUCUUUGUGGAAUAUGAGAGCAGCCUGCUCCCCCACCUACCAUUCCCUCUCCACAGCUCUGACCAGUGUCUGGUCUUUGCUCUUCAGCCCAGGUCUAAGAGCCACAGGGCCUUCUAUUCCAGGGUUUUGUCAGUGUGGCAAAACUCUGAGUCUGGGCUCUCUUUGCAAUUGGUGGACCAAAAGCACCUGACCUGGAACCAGAAAAACAUGCACACCAGACUGCAGAAGCUGCAUGACAGUCAGGAGCCACCAGUGGCCAAACGCAGAGGCAGCCUGAAGACUUCAUACUCCCAGCUGCCAGAGCAGGACAUGUUUCUACAGCACUUUGCUUUGAGUAGUAUUGGUCAGGAGCCAAUUCUGUAUGACCACCUGGGGGUGCUCUUCCCCUCCGCAGAGCUGAGGAAUCCAGUCAACAGUCAGGGAGAUAAGGUUGUCAUUACCAUCAUCACUGGAUUGCCGGGAAGCCAUAAGGAGAGACUCUGCAACUUCCUGGUCCAGCUGAACAAGGAACAUGGAAGGUGGGUGGUGUACCAGCCUGGCCCUGACAGCUGUGAAGGCUUCUCAGCCUCUCACCUUCAGCUGUAUUUGUCCAGCUUCCUGGAGAGCCAGAGAGGCCCAGGAGCCAAACCCCGUCUGUUGGUGCUCUCACCUGGAUACACAGAUGUUCUGGAUGUGGUCCAGGCUGUGCUUUUCCACCCUGACCCAGUUGUCCAAGCGUGUUUCACCAUCGGCGCUGUAACUGCUUGUGUGGACCCCCUCACCUCCUGUGUGGAGCACAGGUUUGCUUUCCCUAAGCUGUUGGAGCAGUGCAGCCAAGGUAUUGUGAGUACAGUGGUGUUCACCGGGCUGACAGCAGAGCAGAAGCACCCUCUCAUGCAGCAUGUUCAGCAGUUGGUACGCUCUGCCAACCCCACCGCAGCCUUCACACUGGCAGAGAGAGGAGCUGUCACCAGGAAUGAAGAUGUGAAUCUGAUAUUUUCUGAUGGUAGCUUCAAUGAGCCACAGAUGCUGAGAGCACGUUAUGUCCUCUACCCUGGAUGGUGCAAAGGGCGCUUCUUCUCUGGUUCUGGGUCUCUGGUCCUCACCCAGCAGCGCGUGGCUUUCAACCGCCCCCUAGAGAGGCCUCUAUUUGUCACCCGCUGUAAAGCAUUGAAGUCAUCACUAAAGCCAAGCCCCUUCCGAGGAAAUGUGUACAAUAUUUGGGGGAAAGUCCGAUUUUCUGACUCAGACCAACUGAUGGAGGUGAGCUACAACACAGUGAGUGGGAGCCUGAGCAUUGUCCCAGACCAGAGCACUGACCCUCUGACCCCGGGCACCAAAGAGACCAACACGUCCUGCUUUCUGAUCUUUGAUGGAGUUGGUCUCACUGAGGAUGGACUGAAAGACUGGCUCAGACUGUGUGCAAAGCAGAGGCAGACAAAGAAGCCUAAGAAGACUAAAAAUGCCCUUUCAUCACAAGAGAUCAAGCGCAUACACGUCUCCAGGCACUUGGACCCGUUACCACCAGGAUACUUCUACAACGGUUACCAAUACGUUGACAUCUUUGGAGAAAAGAGGAACCUCCAUCCCAACAUGGAAGAGUUUAUUAAAGAGUACAUCACCGAGGCCAACAAAGAGAUCGAGCUAUUCAACCGUCAGCUGGAGCUGCAGGGACAGCCUGACCUGUUUGAUCCGUGAUAGAAUCUGUCUGUAUGUUCACUGCCUCCAUCUGUCUUUUUAACUCUAAGGGAACCACUUUGGGAGGGACAGGGUGGGCACAGGGGUUAUGUACUGAACACGCCACUAGAAUGGUCAAUGUUUGUUCACACCACAUGCAUCUGCAGAAACUGCUGCUGUCCAUUCAUUAACUACAUACUAUGUCACUUUGUUUCCUAAUUUGGUGGCAUAAAAGGGUUUAGUGCAGGUGAGCUUUUAAACAGGGACCCAUCAGAAGCCAGUUAUGUCAUGGCAUGGCUGUUUGCCUUCCUUCCCACUGCAACACCACUAACUGUACAGUUAGCACUUUGGUGAGUUAGGUGUCAUAUUUAUUAAAUGAAAGUGGCAAAUUGAUUUGGUCACUUGUGUUAAUUCAAACUAAGACACGUUUGUCAAGAGAUGAGAGUUGCCCACAACUGCAGACAAAUGUGAAACAUAACGCAACACAAGAGUCCAUCUUUAAACCAAUGUGAUUACACCACUAAGCCUGCAAGCUAUGAGAUUUUCACAAUUGAAGGGAAUUUCCAACCGCACACUCCUACGGCUUGUGCGUUUCUGUUUAUCACAGUUGGCAAAUUAAUGCCUCUAUUUCUGGACAGGCAUGGAUAGCCGUGUGAUUCUGGUGGGCUCCCUGGUGGGGUUUCUCAAGAAUCGCUCCUCCUCUGUUGUCACCCAAUCCGUGGCCCACCUGUUAUCUUGUCUGCGUGCCACGCUGCAGCAGAGGGAGUGCUUGGCCAUAGAGCUGUAAACAUUGGACAGUCUGUUGGCUGCAGACAACUGAUGAAUGAUGCCAUUAAUCACAUAGCUAAACGCCAUCCCAGUGCUUUAUUUUAAGACUCCUAAAGUGAAUCUAAUGAAAGUGCAAUAAAGCAGACUUCCGUCCCUGCAGCAAAAUGUUGUAGUUAUAACACAGCUGAGGCCAUCAGGAAACACAUUGAAUCACUAAUAUGUAACCCCAGUCCCUCAGAAAAUAUAAAUAUUCCUUAAAGCACUGUAUUCUGUUUAUUCUAAUGCUGCUAGUUAACAGUGAGAAACCAGGUAGACAGAGAAAGCUAAGUUAAGCCUCACUGCAGUCAGGUGUGGAUCACUCAUUUCACCAUUUUGGUCUAAAUGUUCAUUUGUUGUUGCAAUUGUUAUAAGUGUGAACAUUCCAUGUUUUGUUUUUGUUUGUUUGUUUGUUUGUUUUAUAAAUCUUUUGGGUAGGACAAGGGGAACAUGAUGAUCUGGGAAAACCUUAAUUCAGUUUUCUGUUUGGUUAGGUUUGGGUAAACACGAGUAGAGCCUUUAGUGAAAGGUCUAAGGCUUUGUAUCAGUGGUGUGAUGUUGCAGAGAAUCAGACUCUAUGUCCUGUUUUAAAUGAGUAGUUAUGCUACUGUUAGCUCUGCGUUGGCGUGUCACACUAAUGUUCUAUGCAUGUCUUCCUGUUGUCCGGGUUCCUACACAGGUCUUGAAAUGAUAUAACUUGGGAGAAAAUGUGUUUGAUAAGCUCUCAGUAAUUUCUGUUGUCAUUUGUGCCGCUGCACAUUUGAGUAGUAUAAGACCCACAUUAUAAAUUGAUAUCUAACCAAACAAGCAUUUCAAAGUGAAAGCUUGGUAAAUAAGUGGAAUUUAUAAGUUGAAAAAUGUGUAGGAGCCCUGCUACAAUCUCUGGAGAUUUAAUGGCUUUCAUUCAGUAUGGGGUCAGCAGUGUACCAUGCAGACUAAUUAACAGUCUUUGAGUUAAAAGGCGCUAGCUAUGUCUUCAGUGAAUUGAUACUGACAAAGGAACAUUUAAAUGCACAUGGAAGUGUGCUCAUACUGCUGCUAUUGUCAAGGUACGACAUAUUGCAUUACCCUUUGUACACUCUAGCAAAAAAGCCCUUGUACACAAUAAUGAGUGUUUCUACCAUGUCAGAUAAGAGAGGAAGGGUGUUACUGCUAAGAGACCAUUUUGAGUCUAUAAUCUAAUUCUUUAGCAGAGGGGGGAAUUCCUGCUAGUGAGGUGAACAUUAAUUCAGUGUUGUUAGAUUCAAAUCUAAGAUAUUUUUAGAUCAGUGGUGACCUCAGUGUAUUUUGGGUUGCCAUUCACAACACUGGCUAUGUCAUGUUUUACAUGUCUGUCUGUCAGCGCUGUCAACAGCCAGUCAAAUUAAAGGAAUCAAUAACUCUGUGUUCAGCUGGCAGGCAAACAGAGAGUGAUAACAUUGUUAGCAAGUAAUUUUUCCCCAGAUGACCCGUGAGUAUCUGCAGAUUCGAAUCAUUCUGAGGCUGAACUCAACCUGACACUGCUGGCCCCAUCCGUCCACUCAGUAGAGUUCGCUUUGAUCUGAACAAGCCAUGCCAUCUUAUGCUAGAUGUGCCACUGUCUUUUAGAAUGAUAAUACAAUACAUAGACUAGCACAUAACAUAGCAAUGAAGUAUGCCUCUAACGUAUUACGCUGGCAUGUUCCAGCCAGUAAAAGAGGAAUUCACAUGGUGAGGAGCAGCUCACCCCAAGUUACUCAUUCCAUUAACUCCUCCCUUACAGUCCUUCUCUUUGACUCUAUAAAGGAAGUGCAAUUGUACCUUGUGUUUUUACAUAUUCUACUUACAGUACCCUCAAAUAGCUCUUUAAGGACAGAGCUGAGCAAACAAUUGAAGCUGCUAAAUUCUCAGUCUCUCACAGCUUGUGUUCUGUGGUCUGCUGGAUUCUGGCUUUGAGUGCUUGUAGUUCACAUAAGACCAUAAAAGGUCUGUGUAGGAACAACAAGUGAAUGGUUUUGUUGCAAAAUGAGAUGCAAUUUGAAAAAAAAAAAGCAUUACCUCUGCUUACAAAUGAAAUGCAGACCGAUUACAGUGCUUUUUUUUAAAAAGUGGGACAGGAUAAUAUGUACCAUAAUUCCUUUGUUGACUAAAUGAAAAACCCUUGUUUAAGCUGGAUGCUCUGUACAGUGUUUCAGAGAUGCACUCUCAGUGCUGUCUGUUUUGAGCAACAGUUGCUGUCCUUCUGUAGUUAUGUAAUACUGCAGAGAGUUACCCUGAGUGACAGGGAAAUAGUCUGAAGCUGAUGUAUGGGAGACUGAAGGUGCCACAACACUGACACCUGCUCCACAUGUCAAAGAGCAGAGAAAGUGAAACCAUAAUUGGCAGAGAGAUCAAAAGUUGUCCUUAAAGAGUUGAGGGUUAUGUAAGAUGUUUGUAAUAUUUAAAUCAAAUUACCACUAACGCGUAUACACACACAUAUACACGACUACUACCACCAAGUACGUCUACACUAUUUUGCAUGUGUUGAGAUGUUAUGUGAAUAUGAUACCACAUAUUUUCUGACAAAAUUUGCCUUUCACCAAACUGGUACAACAAAGAGAAAAUAAUCACAUUUAUUUUACAUAUCUGCUAAGAAUUUGAAUUACCUCGAAACGAAAUAGUAUUUUUGUAAGACAGUGAAUUGAGCACUGUAGAUGCAAGCAAAACGUCUCUUCUCGCACAAGCUACAAAAAGCAAAAGCAGAUGCAAUUUUUUUUGUAGGAAAAAAAAAAAAACUCGAAGAGAAACUGAUCGGUUGUGAGAUGUCAGGUUUCUCUGAUCCAGCAGUGCCUUGGCUACGGCUAAGAAAAGCAGAGAUUAAAGCUGCAGUCAGAGCUCCAUCCCUCUCCCUGUCACAGGGGGAGGAGGUGUUGUCAGGCGAGGAUCCGUCCUUCAACAGUGUUGGUGAAAGGAAUCCAUGGAGUCAUUCUUUAAAAGCAAUGUGUUUUUACUAAGCCAGAGGGUAAAGUAGGCGAGGUCACACAGGGGACGGCCCCUGGAGGGCUCAGGACGAUUCAGGUAUUCUUGCAAACUAACCAAAAUGAUGUUGGGAUACGGGCUGGGUACCACAGGUCUGAUACUUCAAAUCUGUUCAUGUUCACAGUGGUACAUUUCUCGGUGGCUUAGUUUGGUUUAUUACAGGAGCAACAGAUCAGAUUCCGUUGAUUUCUUUAAAGAAGAUGUACAUACACGAGAAGGAAAGCUGCGUCUUUGUCCGUGUUCUUUUAAAAUCAACUAUCAGAAAUACUGGGAAAUACAAAAGUUUAUAUGUAUUUAUUUUUUUAUGCCCAGCCCUAGUUGGGAUACAAAACACUGAAGUUUUGUAUCAGAGUAUGGACCAAAAAAAAAAUGCAGAUUGAGUUUGUGACUAAAGUUUGGUGACCCCUACUUAUUGCACAUUGGGGGCCCAAAGAGCCCUCCACAAGCCUCUCCGUGUGACCGCUACACAGCUCUCUGGCAGACUGAGCACCCUGGUGUCUUCAUCCUGUAUGUGGAGGCUAGCCGUUUUGUAGCUGAAGUUAUAGGACAAAAACAAAGUUUGGUGUUAAUUGGUUUUAUAUAACGUGGGGAAAUGUGAUCUUCUUAUACUGCAAAAUUAAACUGUUUUUUUGUUCUUUUUUUUUUUGUUUUGAGAAUUGGCUCCAAUGUUGAAAAAGGGCCAACAGUGUGGAAUGUAUGCACUUCUUCAAGAAGUGGAUAUUUCUAUGGUAUUUUUGUGCUUAUUGGAGAAAGGUGGCUUGGAAAUUGAUUUCUAACUGUCCAAAUAUUUCUCAGGCCUCAGCGGACUGUUGAUACUAAUUGUUUGGGCUGUUCUGUCCUAUGAAGGUUAAAAGGGAAUUACAGGCUCUUCACCCCUCAGUCCUCACAGACAGCGAGAGGAAUUUGCUCAGGUUUACUUAUUAUUUCCAUACCUGAGAUUACACAUUUGUCCUAUCAAACCCAAGUGUUAUAGACGAAGAUGGGGGUGAAAUUGUGGUUAAUAUCUUCUGUCUGUAGCCACAUACCGGCUGGCAACACAGCCGUGUACAAAAAAAGAAAAGAAAAAGAUAGGGAACACUAACGAUUCAAGCUGAGAGGUUUUUCAUAUGUCAUGAUGGCAGAAUUAGAUCUGGGAAAAAAAAACAGCAAAGGGCUCAUUUCUUCUCCCCUAUCUACAGGCCGUCCAAAGUGAAAGGAAAGAAAACCUUAUAUAAGUAACUUACUGUCUCUAUUGUGAGGAGAAGCAAGGAAAAAAACCAACUAACUUCAAAAGUGCCAAACUGACCUCCACAUUGAGUUUCGAGGGUGUUCACAGUGUGUGAGCAAAACUGAAUUGCAUUUGCACAAAAACUACUGUAACUUCUGUUUUUUUCCUGUGACUGAUGCUUUUAUAAUCUAAUUGUUGUUUUUAUUGCACCACGUAAUCCAUUAAAUAUUUAUAUGGUU